UUCCGUGCACGCACUUUCUUUUUUACGCUUUUGAUACACACGGUGUAUGCCCACAUUGCUUUGACGUUUGGCCGUCCUCGUGAUCGUGUAAUUUUGGAGUUUUUCAUCGGCACGCGAGUACUUACUUAUUUUUGAAUACGCUCACGUGCUUUAUAGGAAAAAAUAGAAAAAUUGAAACGGCUCAUCAUGUCGAAAAAAAUCAUUUGCUUAUUCGACGUUGAUGGUACUCUUACGAUGCCUCAACAGUGCAUUGAUAAAAGCCUCGAUAACUACAUACAAAAUACACUAAGGUCGAAAUUCGACGUAGCUGUCGUUGGUGGCUCGGACUUGAGUAAAUUAACACGUCAAUUGGGAGAAGAUGUAUUCACAAAGUAUGACUACGUUUUCGCUGAGAAUGGCUUAGUUGCUUAUAGAAAAGAAAAAAAAAUAUGGUCGAAGACUAUUCUGAGUGAAAUUGGGGAAGAAAAGUUGCAGGAUUUCAUAAACUUUUCUCUGCAUUACAUAUCCCAACUGAGAUUACCCUUCAAGAGAGGCAACUUCAUUGAAUUCAGAACUGGCAUGAUCAACAUUUCUCCAGUGGGUAGAAAUUGCACGAUAGAAGAGCGCAACCAGUUUUACGAGUACGACGCGAAACAUCACGUACGAGAAAAGUUUAUUCAAGCACUGAAAAAGGAGUUUACACAUUUGCACGUCACGUACAGUAUAGGUGGACAAAUUUCAUUUGAUGUUUUUCCCACCGGGUGGGACAAGACGUAUUGCUUGAAGCACGUGACGGGUUACAACGAAAUUCACUUCUUUGGUGAUAAGACGCGAGAAGGAGGCAAUGAUUACGAGAUCUACGAAAGUGACCUGACUGUGGGGCACAGAGUGACUGAUCCGGACGAUACUUUAAAACAACUGGAGACGUUGAUCAAGUUUGUGGACGAAAAAAGCAUUAAACAAAAUAACAUCUGAAGUGCUUUUUUGUGCAGUUCGCCCCAUGGUGUUGGAUCUAAUAACCUUUCAUCAGUAAACCAUCGCAUAUGUAUUAUUACUUUAAAAAUCCUGAUUCGUCCGUGCACGUGUAUAUAUUAUGAAAGUAGAGCUUGGGGGUUGUUACGAUAUUCCUUUAAUAUUGUUACC